AUGUCACUUACCGAAAUCGAGACCAACGGCUGGACCGCCGUGCCUGUCAGCGCCAAAGCGAUCAAGAAUUCAGUUCAGCAGGCAGAGGCGCUAUCACCAUCUACUUGGGCGCUGACAUAUCUCCUGCAUGAUAUUGGUACUGCAGAGGCUUACUUAACCUCAACCCGUAUGUCUUUGGAUAUCUACGGUGGUAUCAAGGCUAUGGAAGUGCUCAAAGGCCUUGGUGGUAGUAUAGAUCAGGCCGAGGCUAUCGCCAAGGCCAUCAUCCGUCACCAGGACAUAGAUGUAGAUAGCAGUAUUGCUUUCCUAGGCCAACUGAUCCAGCUCGCAACUUUAUAUGAUAAUGUUGGGGUAUACAAAAGUAUCAAGGACUUUCCUAACUGGAUCGACGAUACCACUCGUGGGAACAUCAACACGGCAUUCCCACGUCACGGGUGGUAUUCCUUGUUUGCUUGCACAGUUCGCAAGGAGGUAGGCAACAAGCCUUGGUGCCACAGCACACAUAUCCCGCAGUUUGAUGAGAAGAUUGAGGCGAACAGUUUGAUGAAAUCAUAUGAUUAG